AUGGCCUCCCUUGCUGCAGCAAAUGCAGACUUUUGCUUCAGCCUCUUCAGAGAGAUGGACAACAACCAAGGGAAUGGAAACGUGUUCUUCUCCUCACUGAGCCUCUUCACGGCACUGGCCCUGGUCCGCUUGGGGGCCCGUGGGGACUGUGCGGCUCAGAUAGAUAAGAUGCUUCACCUGAGCCCCAUCUCAGGACACGGAAACACUUCUCAUACUCAGUCAGCACUCCAAAGUCAACUGAAAAGAGUUCUCUCCAGUCUAAACACAUCCCACAAGGGUUAUCAGCUCAGCAUUGCCAAUGGGGUUUUUGCAGAAAAGGUGUUUGACCUUCAUAAGAACUACAUUGAUUGUGCUCAAAAAUUAUACAAUGCCAAAGUGGAACGACUUGAUUUUACAAAUGAUGUAGAAGACACCAGAUAUAAAAUUAACAAGUGGAUUGAAAAUGAGACACAUGGCAAAAUCAAGAGCGUCAUCCGCGAAGGGAGCAUAAGCUCGUCCGCUGUGAUGGUGUUGGUGAACGCCGUGUACUUCAAAGGCAGAUGGGAAUCGGCAUUCACCAAGAGCGAAACUCUCAAAGGCCGUUUCAGAUCUUCCAAGUGUUCUGGGAAAGAAGUUCCCAUGAUGCAUCAAGAACAGAGGUUCAAUUUAUCUGUCAUUAAGGACCCGCCCAUGAAGGUCCUAGAGCUCAGAUAUCAUGGUGGCAUAAGCAUGUACAUCCUGUUGCCUGAGAACAACAUAUCCCAAAUUGAAAAUAAAUUGACCUUUCGGAAUCUGAUGGACUGGACCAAUCCCCAAAGAAUGAGUUCUCGCUAUGUCGAGGUGUUUCUUCCACAGUUCAAGAUAGAGAAGAAUUAUGAAGCUAAACCAUAUUUAAAAUCUCUAGGGCUGAGAGAUAUCUUUGAUGAAUCCAAAGCAGAUCUGUCUGGCAUAGCUGCGGGUGGUCGUCUAUAUUUGUCAAAGCUGAUGCACAAGUCAUACAUAGAGGUUACAGAGGAGGGCACCGAGGCAACAGCCACCACAGGAACUAACAUUGUAGAGAAGCAACUCCCUGAGUCGACGGUGUUUAGAGCAGAUCACCCAUUCUUGUUUUUCAUCAGGAAGAAUAACAUCAUCCUGUUUAGUGGCAAAGUCUCUUGCCCUUGA